AAACAUACCCGUACUUAUCGGACCAAUAUAAAAGAGGCUUGCAUUUCGCGCGCAAAUGGAAAGAAUGACAAGAAGGUUACAACCAAAGAUCAGGUCCAAGCGGCCAUCGAGAACUACAUUGCCGAUUUGGCACAGCCUCUACGUGCGCUUAACCAACAGAUCUUUGAAACGCCCGAAUUGGCAUACAAGGAAUCCAAUGCCCAUGAACGCAUCUGCAACUUUCUUGAGUCGCUGGACAUUCCUGUUACUCGGCACGCCUAUGGCCUCUCUACCGCAUUUGAAGCCACAGCCAAAGCUGGCAACGAUAGUGGUCGAUGCGUGAAUUUUAACGCGGAAUAUGACGCCCUUCCCGAUCUCGGACAUGCUUGUGGGCACAACCUGAUUGCUACAGCUAGCGUCACCGGGUUCGUGGCUCUGGCAUAUGUUAUCGGUAAAUUUGGUCUGCCCGGUCAAGCUCAGCUUCUAGGCACACCAGCCGAAGAAGAUGGUGGCGGUAAAAUUGAUUUGAUCCGAGCGGGGGCAUAUGGAAAUGUGGAUGCUUCUUUGAUGGUGAACCCGAUGGCCGAGGAAGAGUUUGCCAAAGACCAAGUUAUUGGCAUCGCAGGCCGAUCUUCCAUCUCCUGCUACGAUAUUAUAGCAACAUACCACGGCGUCAGCGCCCAUGCGGCUGCUAAUCCCUGGGAAGGGAGAAACGCCCUCGAUGCUCUUGUCAUGGCCUAUAACGUGACUAACGCCAUCCCCGAACUUACUUGCACCAAGUACACCAUCCGCAGCCGAACGAUGAACGGGGCGCGAACCCUGGGAGAGCGUGUGAGAAAAUGUCUAGAGGCAGGUGCCUUCGCCACUGGAUGUACUGUGGAGGUAGAGGAAAGUCAGAUCUAUGCCGACUUAGUCGUGAACCCACCCCUGUGCGAAAGCUUCCAGGAGUGUAUGAAGAAUCUGGGAGAACCAAUUCUGGCCCGCGAUGAGCUUCUCAUGACCGGCUCCACCGACCAAGGCAACGUGUCUCAGAUCGUUCCUGCUCUCCACGGUCUCAUUGGAAUUCCGGUGCUUGAUGGAGCCAAGUGCCAUACGCGGCAGUUUACUGCGGCAGCUGGAACGGACCAGGCUCAUCAGAGAAUGAUUACGGCUGGAAAGGCAAUGGCGAUGACUGGAUGGCGGUUGCUGGUGGAUGAUGAAUUUUACGGAAUGGCCGCCUCGCAUUUGCCGAAACGAUGGACCGUAGAUAGUUUUAUACAGAGCGGAAUCUAG